ACAUGAGGAGAUACACACAGCAGCGAUUACAUGAAUGCCUCUUUAGUGUCCUCAUAGCUGUGCAAGUGGAACUGAUCGGGCUCGAUCCUGACACUUGGUGCUAAAAAAAUAAAUUAAAAAAACAAACUACCAACAAGUUCACAAAAUGGGAACCUUCACUAAAGUCGUCCUCACUGCUACGCUGGUUGUUUUCCUCGCUGUCAGGUGGACCGCGCCGCGUUUCGACGCAGAGUCUCUCAGAGGUGCCAGGGUGUUGGUGACUGGGGCCAGUACGGGUAUUGGUGAACAAAUGGCAUAUCACUACGCCCGCUUUGGGGCCCAGAUAGUAAUUACAGCAAGGAGGGAGAAAGUGUUACAGCAGGUGGCAGAGAAAUGCCUGAGUUUGGGAGCCCAGAAGGCUCUCUACAUAGCAGCAGACAUGGCCAGCGAGUCCGACCCCGACAAAGCUGUAGAUUUUGCUCUGGAAAACCUCGGAGGGUUGGAUUACCUCGUUCUCAACCACAUCGGCCCAAGCCCCUUCAGCAUGUGGGACGGAGAUGUGGAGCACACCAGGUGGCUGAUGAAGGUCAACUUCUUCAGCUAUGUUCAGAUGGCCUGGAGAGCUUUGGCUUCCCUUGAGCAAAGUAAAGGAUCACUGUUGAUUGUUUCAUCGCUUUUAGGUAAAAUGCCUAGUCCCUUCGUGGCACCCUAUACCUCAACAAAGUUUGCCUUGAAUGGUUUCUUCGGAGCCCUUUACCAUGAGCUGGCUAUGAAUAACAGCAACGUGUCCAUCUCUAUAUGCACACUGGGGCUCAUUGAUACUGAAUCAGCCAUGGAUAAAGUCAGGGGAGUUACAAAUGUUCCAGCCUACCCCGCCACAGACGCAGCCUUGAACAUCAUCAUUACAGGAGCCACGAGACAGCCGGAGCUCUUCUACCCCUGGUUCACCCAGAUUGUGACUCUGUCCAAAGACUGGUUCCCUUCAGCAACAAACUAUAUCAUCCAGAACUCCUACAACUACAACCCAUGAAAAACAUUAAUCCUGUCAUUGAUAUAUAAUCCUCUACUUGAAUUAAGCCUUGAGAUUUUAGCCCACUCAGACCCCAGUUUUUAAUUUUUUAGAUGGAAAAUUAUUUUUCUUCCUGACUGGCUGGAAUUGAACCAGAGGUGCUGUGAUCAGAGUAUAAAGGGUUAAGCACUGGGAAACUAGAGGGAAAAACAUUGUUUGAUUCCUGCACCAUCUUUUAGACUGGUGGAAAGAAAACACCCAAAAUACACAUUUAGGUGUUUAUUUUACUACUUUGUCUAUUUGCAUCUGCAGAUUUCUCCUGAAUUACCGAAGUAAGCAUCCGAUAAUGUCUCAGUUAUAUAUUUGUACACAAAUGUCUGAAUGUAAGUAAUCAACUUGGGAAGUUUCAUGGUGAUAACCUCUGGUUACAUUUUUUUUUUUUACCCUUAUUCACCUUUGGUGUCUUUCAAAAUGUUUGGAAUUCUAUUAUACAUAUCCUUAAAAGGACCUUAUCUCAAAAUGGUUUUUUUCUCAUAUUUGAAGCCAGAAAUCUUCACCUCAGUGGCACUUACAUAUACUAAACAUUCCAGAGAAGUUUGUUAAUAUAUAAUUUAUAGCCUGAUUUAUACAGCUUUGUAUCCCUGAAAACAUGAAGAGAAUGGCAGGUGAUACAAAGACUUUUGACUCUAAUAUCUCAACAAAAUGGAGGUUUUUGAGCCUGCCUUUAGCCAAUGUUAGGUAUGCAAAUAUGCAAAUCUAAAAAUGUAUGCCAAUUAGAACAUAUUUAAUAAGAUUAUGCCUCAUUUGCACAUACAAUUCAACAAAACUUGUUAAUAAAAGUUGUAAAACCAAAAAAUAAAAUAAACGUAAUGUAAGUUUUAACUGAGUAAGUUUCAUGGAAAUAUUUUUAGUUAGUUAAUUUUAAUUUUUCCUAUUCACCCGGGGUGUCUUUCCUUAAACACUAAACUACCAGAGUAUGAUAAGUGAGGUCCAAGAGGACAACCUUUGAAAAUUCAAAAUUUGAUUAUUAUUCUUUUUUUA